CAAAGAUGCAGGAGGACUGGCAACUAGACAGAUGCGAACGAGUGAUCUGAUUCGUUGCAAUGGAAAGUAUGCUAUGGCCAAAUAAAGUUGCAUCGUACCGUUACAUUACCAAACAGCGGGAGAUCCAAUCCGCCACAUAUAACUCUUAAAUUAUGUUUGGCUGUGGAUUGAUGCGGAAGUUGUAAUGUAAAACUCUGGCACACAGGGGUCUGGAGUGUGGAAAAGGAGUGUCUAGGCUGCAUGGAUACGGGAGGAGGGGAGCUGGAAAGUUUGGAAAGCCCUUUUCCUGUAUUGCUGACGCGAACAGGAUAGCCGUGAGCGCGUCGGAGAAGCAACGACGUCCACGAUGCUGAUGUGGUUCUUAGGCUUGGUGAUCUUCGUGUCACGGACAGAAUGUUACUUUGCCGAAGAGAAAUAUCCAGAAGAGUCCAAGAUGCAGCAGCCGACGGUGGUAAUAGCGAUCAUAGCGCGGAACGCAGCGCACUCUCUGCCCUACUACCUGGGAGCUCUGGAGAACCUCAACUACCCCAAAAGUCGCAUCUCUGUUUGGGCAGCCACAGACCACAACUUAGAUAACACCACAGCUAUGCUGAGAGAGUGGCUGACCGUCGUGCAGAAACACUACCACUAUGUAGAAUGGAGGCCCAUGGACCAGCCCACGUCCUAUGCGGGGGAGCUGGGUCCGAAGCACUGGCCCAACAGCAGAUACGAGUACGUCAUGAAGCUCAAACAAGCCGCGUUGAACUUCGCGAGGAAACGUUGGGCUGACUACAUCAUGUUUGCAGACACAGACAACAUUGUGACCAAUCCGGACACACUAAACCUGAUGAUAGCAGAGAACAAGUCCGUCAUCGCCCCCAUGCUGGACUCACCGGGCGCCUAUUCAAACUACUGGUGUGGUAUCACCCCCCAGGGAUACUACCGCCGCACGGCCGAGUACUUCCCCACGCGGCACCGCCACCGUCUGGGCUGCUUCCCGGUGCCCAUGGUGCACUCCACCGUGCUGCUGGACCUCAGGAAGCGGGGCAUGAAGGAGCUGGCCUUCUACCCGCCGCACGCCGACUACUCCUGGCCCUACGAUGACAUCAUCGUCUUCGCCUUCUCCUGCAGAGCGGCAGACAUCCAGAUGUACCUGAGUAACAAGGAGCGUUACGGCUACCUGAACGUACCGGCCAAGCCCCACCACACGCUCGAGGACGACCGCCUCAACUUCGUCCACGUGCACCUCGAGUCCAUCGUCGAGGGCCCCCGGAUGCAUCCCUCUCGCUUUGUGCACAUGUUCCCUAAACAGAGAGACCUGAUGGGCUUCGACGAGAUCUACCUGAUCAACCUGCGUCGCCGUGCCGACCGCCGAGAGAGGAUGCUGUUGUCCCUCAACGAGCUGGAGGUGGACGUCAAGGUGGUGGACGCAGUGGACGGAAAUGCUCUGAACAGCAGUGACAUUAAGCUGCUGGGCGUGGACCUGCUGCCGGGCUACUUCGACCCCUACUCCGGACGCACCCUGACCAAGGGGGAGGUGGGCUGCUUCCUCAGCCACUACUUCAUCUGGAAGGAGAUGGUGGACCAGCAGUUGGACAAGGCGCUGGUCUUUGAGGACGACGUGCGUUUCCAGGCCAACUUCAAGCGGCGAGUCCUGAGACUGAUGGAGGAGGUGGAGAAGGCCCAGCUAGACUGGGACAUCAUUUACCUGGGCAGGAAGCAGGUGAACCCGGGCAAGGAGGAGGAGGUGGACAACAUUCACAACCUGGUGACGGCCGACUACUCCUACUGGACGUUGUCCUACGCCAUCUCGCUGCAGGGCGCCCAGAAGCUGCUCAACGCAGAGCCGCUGUCCAAGAUGCUCCCCGUGGACGAGUUCCUGCCCAUCAUGUACGACAAGCACCCAAGCGAGGUGCAUAAGGCCCACUACCCCAACCGCAACCUGCAGGCCUUCAGCACGCGCCCCCUGCUGGUGCAGCCCUGCCACUACGCCGGUGACCCAGCCUGGGUCAGCGACACGGAGACCUCCACGCUGUGGGAUGACGAUGCAGUCCGCACCGACUGGAGGGGCUCGCAGAAGACUCUUAAAGGUGCAGCGCAGCAACCCGAGAUGUUGUCCAACGCUUAUAAGGAUGAACUGUAGACGAGGAAGGGGUCAAAUGUCAGUCGAAGGAGGCCGGUGAAAGCUCUAAGAUCACGGGGGUCGGGGAGUUUAGAAAGGAGAAUGUUCCCUUGACUUCAUGACAGGAGCUCCCGCCAUUGGUCAGCUUGGUGUCAGGUGACAUCAGGUGGGAUAAGGGGUUCUAAAGGGUCCUCUAUGUCGCUGGCCUUCUAAAGAUCAUGGUACACAAAUUAGUUAGAUUGUCUCUAGGUUUUAUGCAACCUGUUGGGCGAUGUGCAGUUAUGCCAUCUUGUGGAUGGAAAGAGUCAGUAUUUUUUUUUGCUAGUCGCAUACUCACACAUACUACUAAGUAAGGUAGUGUUUCGUACAAAGGUGUGUUUUCUGUGAGAGUUGCGAUGUUACAUGCUUUAAGUUUUAGACAAUGAAAACCCAUUUAAAGGAAUAUCUGACAAGUCCAAGUUAAUUUAAGGCUGUUUCACUUUUACACAUGGUAUACAAUGUGAUUCAAUAUUUUGAUCAUUUUAAUAUUUGUUUGUGUAUUUUAAACUGUGCGUGAAUGGUUGGGUGGAGGUUUCUAAUGAUUGCAUGAUCAAAUUGGACCUCUAACUGAGCAAUUCUUAUGUUUUUUAUGUGUAGAAUAGAGACUUCAUUUGAUACUAAAUGAUACACUCCAUUUGUUGUGCCUCACAGAAUGGGCAACAAAACAAAGUAUCCUUCCUGUGUAUAUGAAUAAUUUUUCUCCAUAUGGAUUCAUUCGAAAACUGUAUAAACUGUGUAUGAUCUUGUUGUACAAAAAUAUUUUGUACAUCAUGUAGUGAUCUAGGUUCAUGGUACUUGAGUCUUCAGUUGUAUUUCUUUUAUUUUCUAAUGUUGUCAGAACCUCAGAACCUUCUUUUGACGUGGUUGACGAUAUUGUGCGAAACAAUAAUAUGCAUUUAAAACAGAUAAAAAUGAUAGAGAAUACCAAAAAUGGAUUGCAGAUAAGGAACGCCAUAUUUUGACAAAUGUAGAGAAAUAUUUGUGCAAUAAAUCAUGAAUGGGAAGAAAAAAAGCAAAUAGCAUGCAAUAAACUCUUAUUGUAUAAUUAU